UUUGAACACUGCGAAAAUCCGACUUUCCGCUAUGACAUCCAAAAGUAUUAUCCUGUGCUUUUCUCGCAUUGCUCAGCAGAUAGGCCAUGGAGUGAAGCGGGAGUUUCCCUCUCCACAUCAGUGUGUUCUGUCAUUGCCUGGGGGAAUCCCCUAUGAAGCAUUUGAUGGCAAAGCCCAUGUGAAACCAUGGCACGUGUUGAACCUUGUGGAGUCAGGGCGAGCGCUCAGUUUCAACCCAAUACCUCAUGACAACCGGUCCUACCUCGACUUCCAUAGGCUUUACGAUCAUUACUUGGCAUUCAUCGCAUCUGCACGACUCGAAAUCCAGCCGGAGAUGUACGGGUAUUCUGUUACCAAGAGUCCCCUCCGCUUGAACAAGGAGCUCCUCUACCAUGGGAGCUCCUCGACGAACCUUGAAACCAGAGUUACUCAAUCAAAAACUGGUCUGCUUCUGGCAAGCUGUCAACAACAAACAGUUUCGGUUUCCAAGGAAAACCGCCGUCCUGCAGCACUUCCUGACUGGUGGAAGGAAAAAUAUUCAAAAAUCAACAUGACAGGAAGUGCUCUGCGUAUGGAACCAUCACCACGUCCCAGCCAAUCAGAGAUCAGCUCAUACUCACUGACAGUACAGCCAAGUGAUACGGAUACAUAUUUCCAUGUGAACUGGACAGGUUAUUUAAAAUUCUGCCUGGAGGCUUUUGCAUUGUUUAAAUAUGAAAAGGACAAGUCAGCUAAUGUGCUGGAACUGUAUCGACCUGUGAAGGUUGCGGAGUUAAGUUAUGUGAAGGAAUGCAGUCUUGGGGACACUCUGAGAGUGGACUUCUGGUCAGAGCCAACGUCAAAUGAUAAACUCAAUUUUGAAAUCACAAACUCUGAAGAUAAGGUUGUCCUGUAUUGCUCAGUUGAAUAUUUCUCAAGGUCUGAAUUAUGAUUUCAGUUUUCAGAUUCAUACACAGCAUUGUUCAGUGGUAACAUUUGGUAUAGGUGGUAAUCAAACAAUCUCCGAAAAAUGAUAAUAUGUGGACUCCCAUUCAGUAUUAUUAGCACAGGAUCCGUUAAGACCCAGGGUAGAAUAGGUCUUCAGCAACCAAUGCUUGCCGUAAAAGGCAACUAUGCUUGUCGUAAGAGGCGACAAACGGGAUCAAGGGGUCAGG